UUGUAACUACAAGAUUAAUAGUAUGGGUGUACUUUUAUCAGAUAUUCAGUUAUACUAUGAGGUAUACAAAACUAAUCCCUAAAACGGAACCAAAUGUAUUAACUUAACUAUACCACUCCUCUACUUGCUUUAGGGCCAUCCGAUGCAUAGAUCGCGUGAUUCGAAUAUAUAGUUAGCUAUUUCCAACCAAAAAUUCGAAUCACUUGUCAUUUAUCAAUUUUCGGACCCGCUCCUCCGGCCCUGCAGGCUCGCACGCUCGGCCUCCUGGGCGCGCCGGCCCUGCCGUGAUUGUCGCGGCAUCCUCAAGCCGGCUCCCGGGGCAGUACGCCCAGGUCACCUAGCCACCGGCCCCUGCUGCUGAGGUCCCUGUCCAGGAGGCCCCGCGCCCACGCAGCCUCGCCCGAGUCAUCCCGUACCUCUGCUUCCCCUGGCUACCUACCUCGCUAGUUUCCUGCCUGAGGUGGCCCCUGCUUCCCCGACGGUUGUGUCUGUGGUGGCGGCCGUGGAGGUGACCACUCUGGUGGCCUUCCAUCCCCACCCACCAUGGACUGCGGCCUACUCCAGGCAGAUCAGGUCUGCCUCGACACCGGUGACCGCCUCUCGUCGCAGCGCUCGACUUACAUGGCGAGACCGGUGGACAGUUCGGCACCGUCCAUCCCCGAGCGGGCGGAGAUCCAAGAGGCCGUCCAGAACCUCGAGACAGGUGCAAUAUCAAAGGAAGCAAAUAAUAUCUUAGCGCAUGAAGAAACAAAGUCGAAGAAACAAGUGUUGUCAAAACAAGUUUCAAGUGAAGCUGAUGCUCCCAGUUUUUACCUUUGGUGUUUCGUUGUGCCACACCCAUUUGGAGGAGAGACGGGGACAUAUGGGUACAUCACCAGAAGCUACAUCAAAUUUACUUUCCAAUGCAAAAAAACUUCACAUCAUUUAGAGUUGUGA